AUGGCCAACUUAGCUAUCCCCACAAUCGAUCUCUCUCCUUUCUUGAACAAUGAAGAUGAUGAUAACUGCAAGAAGAAAGUGAAAGAAAUUAUUAGCCAAGCCUGCUCUGAGUACGGCUUCUUUCAGGUCGUGAACCAUGGGGUACCACUGAAUCUGUUAAGCCGAGCAAUGGAGCUCUCAAAGACGUAUUUUGCGUUCCCAGAAGAGGAGAAGCUCAAAUGUAGUCCUAAAUGUGGAGCACCUCUUCCAGCUGGUUAUAACAAGGCGCCAGAGUUCUCACCUGAGAAGAAAGAAUACAUGAUCAUGUUUCCACCUGAUUCUGGUUUCAAUACAUUACCCAGCAAUCCACCUGAGUUCAAGGAUGUGAUGGAAGCGAUGUUCAGUCACUUCUCCAAGGCCGGUGAAUUGAUAGAGAGCCUCAUCAAUGUGUGCCUUGGUCUGCCUCAAAACUUCCUCAAAGAAUACAAUCAUGAUAGGAGCUGGGAUUUCAUGUUGGCUUUGCACUAUUUUGCAGCAACUGAAACUGAGAACAAUGGAACAUCAGAACACGAAGAUGGAAACUGCAUAACUUUGGUCGUUCAAGAUGAAUCAGGGGGCCUAGAAGUUUACAAGAAUGGCGAAUGGAUUCCGGUGAUCCCUGAGCCAGGCAAAAUAGUGGUCAAUAUAGGUGAUUCAAUUCAGGUGUUGACCAACAAGAAGUUUAAAAGUGCAACUCAUAGAGUUGUAAGGCCUAAAGGAAGAAGCAGGCACUCUUUUGCAUUCUUCUAUACUUUACAAGGAGACAAGUGGGUCGAACCACUGCCACAAUUCACUGAAGAGAUUGGAGAGACAGCAAAGUUCAGGGGGUUCUUCUACAAGGAUUACCUGGAAUUAAGAACGAGAAGCAAACUUCAUCCGCAAUCAAGACCUGAAGAUGUCAUUCGCAUUGCUCAUUAUGCAAUUUCUACAUCAUGA